CACACACACACACACCCACACACACACACACACACCGCGGGAGGAUGCCCUUUGCCCGGCGGGGCGAAGCCGGGAGAGCAUCUCGCUGCCGGGAGUGAAGCCGGGGCCUGCCGGGCCGGAGCGGGGACGCCGGCGCUUUCCCUCCGGCCCAAGACGCGCACCCGGAGGUUGGAGGAGAAGAAGGAGAGCGCCGUCUCCUCCGCCGCAGCAGCAGCAGUAGCCAUGGGAAGGAUUUGACAGGGCUCGGAGCGCUUCCCAGCGGCCCCGCGGCCGUGCCGGUGUGUCGGGACGCGCGUCCCGCCUGCCGCCCCUUGGCGCAGCGGAGAAGGGCGCGACGAUGAAGACUUUAGUUUUUUUGAAUCACUGAAAAGCCUUAAAAGGAGACUCGUAAUAAUAAUCAUUAAAACAAGAAACCCCAAUGCAAACUGAAACAACCAUGUCUGGAGAAGUGCGUUUGAAGCAGUUGGAGCAGUUUAUUUUGGAUGGACCAACUCAGACUAAUGGGCAAUGCUUCAGUGUGGAAACCUUGCUGGAUAUACUCAUCUGCCUUUAUGAUGAAUGUAAUAACUCCCCUCUGAGAAGAGAGAAGAACAUCCUUGAGUAUCUAGAGUGGGCCAAACCUUUUACAUCUAAAGUGAAACAGAUGCGACUCCAUAAGGAAGAUUUUGAAAUCCUAAAGGUGAUUGGUCGAGGAGCCUUUGGGGAGGUUGCAGUAGUAAAACUGAAGAAUGCAGAUAAGGUUUUUGCCAUGAAGAUACUUAAUAAGUGGGAGAUGCUGAAGAGAGCUGAAACAGCCUGCUUUCGAGAAGAGAGAGAUGUGUUAGUGAAUGGGGAUAACCAGUGGAUCACAACAUUACAUUAUGCAUUCCAGGAUGAAAACUAUUUAUACCUGGUUAUGGAUUACUAUGUUGGAGGAGACCUGCUUACGUUGCUCAGCAAGUUUGAGGACAGACUACCUGAAGACAUGGCUCGUUUUUAUUUGGCUGAAAUGGUGAUAGCUAUUGAUUCCGUUCAUCAGUUGCAUUACGUUCAUAGGGAUAUUAAACCAGACAACAUCUUGAUGGAUAUGAACGGACAUAUUCGAUUAGCAGAUUUUGGUUCUUGUCUGAAACUCAUGGAAGAUGGAACGGUCCAAUCUUCAGUGGCAGUCGGAACACCAGACUACAUCUCUCCAGAAAUCUUGCAGGCCAUGGAAGAUGGAAAAGGGAAGUAUGGGCCUGAGUGUGACUGGUGGUCCCUGGGCGUUUGCAUGUAUGAAAUGCUUUAUGGAGAAACGCCGUUUUAUGCUGAGUCCUUGGUGGAGACCUAUGGGAAAAUAAUGAACCACAAAGAGAGGUUUCAGUUUCCUGCUCAAGUGACAGAUGUCUCUGAAAGUGCGAAGGACCUCAUCCGAAGGCUCAUUUGUAGCAGAGAGCAUCGACUUGGACAAAAUGGGAUAGAAGACUUUAAGAACCACCCAUUCUUUGCUGGGAUUGACUGGGACAACAUUAGAAACUGUGAGGCACCUUACAUCCCAGAAGUCAGCAGCCCCACUGAUACAUCAAACUUUGAUGUGGAUGAUGAUUGCUUAAAAAAUUCUGAAACAAUGCCUCCACCAUCACACACAGCAUUUUCUGGCCAUCAUUUACCAUUUGUGGGUUUCACGUAUACAAGUAGCUGUGUGCUUUCAGAUCGCAGCUGUCUAAGACUGACAGCUGGACCACCCUCCAUGGAUCUUGAUGCCAGCAUUCAAAGAACUUUGGAGGAUAGCUUAGCAACAGAAGCUUAUGAGAGGAGAAUAAGACGUCUAGAACAGGAAAAGCUUGAACUUAGUAGGAAACUGCAAGAGUCAACCCAGACAGUCCAGGCUCUGCAGUACUCAACAGUGGAUGGCCCAAUAACAGCAAGCAAAGAUCUAGAAAUUAAAAGUUUGAAAGAAGAAAUCGAAAAGUUGAAGAAACAGGUAACAGAUUCUGGUCAGCUAGAGCAGCAGCUAGAAGAGGCCAGCACUGCAAGGCGGGAGUUGGAUGAUGCUUCCAGACAAAUAAAGGCUUUUGAGAAACAGGUCAGAACGCUGAAGCAAGAGAGAGAAGAUCUUAAUAAGGAACUGGCAGAGUCUAGUGACAGAUUAAAAUCCCAAGCCAAAGAGCUGAAAGAUGCACACAGCCAGCGGAAAUUGGCAAUGCAGGAGUUCUCAGAGAUGAACGAGCGGCUGACAGACUUACACUCCCAAAAACAAAAGCUUGCCCGCCAGCUCCGAGAUAAGGAGGAAGAAAUGGAAGUGGUGAUGCAAAAAGUAGAAAGUUUAAGGCAAGAGUUACGCAGAACAGAGAGACUUAAAAAAGAACUGGAAGUCCAAGCUGAAGCUGCAGCUGCUGAGGCAUCCAAAGACAGGAAAUUGCGAGAGAGAAGUGAACAGUACUCUAAACAGUUGGAAAGCGAAGUAGAAGGGCUAAAGCAAAAACAGGUUGGUCGCUCACCUGGAGUAAGCAGUAUAGAACACCAGCAAGAGAUCACUAAAUUAAAGGCAGACCUGGAGAAGAAAAGUGUUUUCUAUGAAGAGGAACUAUCUAAACGGGAAAUCAUGCAUGCUAAUGAAAUAAAAAGCCUGAAGAAAGAACUGCGGGAUGCAGAGAGCCAGCAGCUUGCCCUCAAGAAGGAGAUAAUGAUUUUGAAAGACAAGUUAGAGAAAACCAGAAGAGAAAACCAAAGUGAGAGAGAGGAAUUUGAAACAGAGUUCAAACAGAAGUAUGAGCGAGAAAAGAUUCUGCUGACAGAGGAAAACAAGAAACUUUCAAAUGAACUCGAUAAGCUCACUGCCAUGUUUGAGAGGCUGAGUAUGAAUAACCGGCAGCUGGAAGAAGAGAUGAGAGAUCUGGCUGAUAAAAAGGAGUCCGUGGCCCACUGGGAGGCCCAAAUCACUGAGAUCAUCCAGUGGGUAAGUGAUGAAAAAGACGCUCGAGGUUAUCUUCAAGCCUUGGCCUCUAAAAUGACAGAAGAGCUAGAGGCACUGAGGAACUCCAGUUUGGGUGCAAGAGCUACAGACAUGCCAUGGAAGAUGCGCCGCUUUGCAAAACUGGAUAUGUCUGCGAGGUUGGAACUACAGUCUGCUCUCGAUGCUGAAAUCCGAGCCAAACAGGCUAUUCAGGAUGAGUUGAACAAAGUCAAAGCUUCCUGUAUAUCUACAGAAUGUAAAUUGCAAGAAGCCGAGAAGAAGAACAUGGAGCUGUUGACAGAUAUUGAAAGGCUGAAAAAGGAGACAGAAGAGCUUAGAUCAGAAAAGGGUGUAAAGCACCAAGACUCACAGAAUUCUUUCUUGGCAUUUUUGAAUGCGCCUACCUCUGCUCUGGAUCAAUUUGAACGCUCUCCUUCCUGUACUCCAGCUAACAAAGGCAGACGUAUUGACUCAGUUGAGAAUUUUACGUUGUCGAAUACUCCGUCACGGGAUGAAGAUAGCAAGUCUCACCUUCAUUCAAGAUCAAGGUCUCCUUCUACAGCUAGUGAGAUUGAACCAAUUGAGGUUACAGAUCAUCCUCCCCGUUCAAUUCACACACCAACCAUGAGGACAGCAUAUAUUGGAUCGGGACUCUCUGCACCAAAGCCUAAAGCCCACCAGUUUGUAGUGAAAUCAUUUAAUACACCAACAAAAUGCAAUCAGUGUACGUCUCUGAUGGUUGGUUUAAUACGACAGGGCUGUACCUGUGAAGUAUGUGGAUUCUCUUGCCACGUGACCUGUGCAGACAAGGCUCCUGCAGUAUGUCCAAUCCCUCCCGACCAGACUAAAGGACCUUUGGGAAUAGAUCCACAGAAGGGCAUAGGAACAGCUUAUGAAGGACAUGUCCGAGUACCAAAACCAGCUGGAGUAAAGAAAGGCUGGCAAAGAGCGCUGGCAGUGAUCUGUGAUUUUAAACUCUUCCUCUACGAUGUAGCAGAAGGAAAAGCAGCCCAGCCCAGCGUGGUAGUGAGUCAGGUCAUAGACAUGAGGGAUGAAGAAUUCUCAGUGAGUUCUGUCUUGGCCUCAGAUGUCAUCCACGCAAACAGAAAAGAUAUCCCCUGUAUCUUUAGGGUUACAGCUUCCCAGCUCUCUGCAUCCAGUAAUAAGUGUUCAAUCCUGAUUCUAGCAGACGGUGAGAAUGAGAAAAGCAAGUGGGUAGGAGUGCUGAAUGAAUUGCAUAGGAUCUUGAAGAAGAAUAAACUCAAAGACCGUUCAGUCUAUGUUCCCAAAGAAGCUUAUGACAGCACCUUACCCCUCAUCAAAACAACCCAGUCAGCAGCGAUCAUAGACCAUGAACGAAUAGCUCUGGGGAAUGAAGAAGGGUUGUUUGUUGUGCAUGUCACCAAAGACGAGAUCAUCCGUGUUGGUGACAAUAAGAAGGUUCAUCAGAUUGAGCUUAUCCCAAGUGAACAGCUCAUUGCAGUGAUCUCAGGACGGAACCGUCACGUGCGCCUUUUCCCUAUGGCUGCCCUGGAUGGAAGGGAGACUGAGUUCUAUAAGCUGGCAGAGACAAAAGGCUGUCAGUCAAUAGUUUCUGGACAUGUGCGCCACGGAGCUCUUACCUGCCUGUGUGUAGCUAUGAAAAGGCAGGUCCUCUGUUAUGAACUAAAUCAGAGCAAGACACGCCACAAAAAGAUCAAGGAGAUCCAAGUCCAGGGCAAUGUCCAGUGGAUGUCAGUCUUCAGCGAUCGUCUUUGUGUGGGCUACCAGUCCGGCUUCCUAAAAUACCCCCUUCACGGAGAAGGCAGUCCAUACAGUCUGCUCCAUCCCGAUGACCACACACUCUCAUUUAUCUCGCAGCAGCCAACUGAUGCCAUCUGUGCAGUCGAAAUCUCAAAUAAAGAGUACCUGCUGUGUUUUAGCAGCGUAGGGGUUUACGUUGACUGCCAGGGCCGAAGAUCCAGACAACAAGAGUUGAUGUGGCCUGCAACUCCAUCUUCUUGCUGUUACAAUGCACCAUACCUCUCUGUGUACAGUGAAAAUGCAAUUGAUAUCUUCGAUGUGAACUCCAUGGAGUGGAUUCAGACUAUUCCUCUCAAAAAGGUACGACCCUUGAAUACAGAAGGAUCACUAAACCUUUUAGGCCUGGAGACAGUUAGAUUAAUUUAUUUCAAAAACAAAAUGGCAGAGGGUGAUGAACUGGUAGUUCCUGAGACAUCAGAUAACAGCAGGAAGCAAAUGGUCCGAAACAUCAACAACAAGCGCCGCUAUUCAUUCAGAGUACCAGAGGAGGAGAGGAUGCAGCAGAGGAGGGAGAUGCUACGCGAUCCAGAAAUGAGAAAUAAAUUAAUUUCUAACCCAACUAAUUUUAACCACAUAGCACAUAUGGGUCCAGGAGACGGUAUCCAGAUCCUCAAAGACCUUCCAAUGCCACAGCAAGGGCAGCAGGCCCCUGUGACACCAUGUAAGGAAGGUGCUCAGAGGACUGGGGGUGACAAUCAGCGUUCCCCUUAUCAAUUCCCUCAUCAUCACUCCCGCCUGAUCUCCUCUCCGAGCAACUUUGAGCACAUCUACCACAUGACUGUUAAUUCAGCUGAAAAAUUCCUCUCUUACGAUUCCAUAAACCCUGCAUUUUCCCCGCCUCCACGCUCUGUCCUCGGUACUCCAGACUUUAUGACUCGGAGGAAUCUUCGGCCUCAGGAAAGCCGGACCGUGUUCAGUGGCUCUGUCAGCAUCCCAUCAAUCACCAAAUCCCGCACGGAACCAGGACGAUCGAUGAGUGCGAGCAGCGGGUUAGCAGCACGAUCGUCUGCACAAAACGGCAGUGCUCUGCGGAGGGAAUUCUCGGGAGGUAGCUAUGGAGCAAAGCGUCAGCCUAUGGCAUCACCCUCAGAUGGCUCCUUAUCCUCUGGCGGUCUGGACCAAGGCAGCGAUGCACCAACAAGGGACUAUGAGCGAGAGGACUCUGACUCUCCGAGACACUCUACUGCAUCGAACAGCUCCAACCUCAGCAGCCCUCCCAGCCCUGUUUCUCCUCACAAGACCAAGAGCCUCUCCCUGGAGAGCUCUGACCACGUGAGUUGGGACUCAUGAACUGCUUUAGCAUUCAGAUUUGACAUCACAGCAGCUUGCUGUCCCCAUGGCUGUCCCCUUCACUUGUUCCAGUUCUCGCCUUCAUCAUCCUAACCCUCCCCAUUCCCUGUCUGAAAGUGAUCUGGGAGUGGGGUACAGAGGAAGGUAGAAGCUGGUUGUCUUCAGCACCGUUCGGCACUGCCUCACCCUCCCUUCCCCAGAUUUGACAGCAGCAAAUGAGCAAAGCUAGGGUGUUGGUAAAUAUCAGAUGCUGUAGAUCUGUAUUCGUAUUGGUUUCCUUUUUGUGGUUACAGCUGCUUCAUUUUUAAAGAUAUAUUUAUCCCACCCCCCUUUCCAUCUCCCCAAAAGUAGCUUAAGUAGACCAGACCAGUAUCAACAAGAGAAACUGCAGAGGGAUUUUGUUUUCAUACAAUAGCUCAUCGUACUGUACAAAAGUAGCACAGAGACCCCUUCCCCUGCAUGGGGAAUGAUCAGUAUGUCAGAGGCACAUAAAAGCUUUCAGCCACCACGUUUGAAUGUCAAUCUGAUUGUCGCCAGCAAAUCCUUAUUGAUUAAAAUGAUGCAUAUUUUACUACAGUACAGAGUUUAAAUAAAUAGGCAGAUGUUAGAUUAAAAUACGUAUGUAUAUAUUCAAAGAAAAAAAAAAGCAUUGUGUAUGCAGCAGAAGAUGGAUGCUUAUUUAAGAGAGCCUUUAAUUUAAGAUUUGUGUUGUCCCUGUUUUCAUGCUUGGUAAUAUACAGACUUGGAGGCCUGGCCUAAAACCUUUUGCAGGACAGACACCCCUUUUGCGUAGCACUCGCUGCACUGCAGGAGAGGUCCCUGCGGUGCUUUCACCGUAUUUCUUUCCUUCUGGCAGUAGCAUAACUGAAGCUGUAAUUCCUACUUUCAUGUUAAUCCCCGUUCUUUGCAAAAACGACAGUUGGGAAGCAACCCCCUGUCCCAACCACCAGGGUCAGCCAGUGGCUGCCCUAGUUUCUAGUGUGCUAGCUGUGCAGCUUGAGGAACCUUACAGCAUGCUACAGUAGAGGUCCUUAAGGCAGAAAGGGAGUUCAGUGCAGCAGGAUUCAACAGGAAAACUGUUUCCCUGGGUCAGACUUUGGCCAGGUUUAACUCAGAAGGGAGCAGUCUUCCACAUCUCCUUGAACAUCCCUAACCAUAAAACUGUUACUGGCAUUACCAAAUACUAGUUUCUAACACACAUCAGCCAAAUGAGUGCCCUUAGCCCAAAGCUAGCCCUGGCUAGCUAUGCUGUCACUGUAGCAACCAAGAACCUUGAAGACUGACCUCAGACUGUUCACACUGUGGUAGUCAAAGAUGUCUAGUCACCCACAACUGCCAUGCUGGCAAGGUUGGUUUUCUUCUCCCUCCCUCCCCGUGCUGUGGGUUUGUGCAAUUGGCAGUUGUUUCUAUGUGCUCACCUGCUGUUUGGUUCCAAUAGCAGGUCAGGCUCGAGGGCGGAAAGUAUUGCAGUGGAAGACAGAGCCCACUGAAGUUGGUCAUGCAGUCAACAGCAUAAAGUGAGAGACUGAUGUACAAAUGGAUGCUAACAGGAGGAUGUAUCUACUUAGCAAGGUAGAUGUGUUUUUCAUUUGGGAGCGUGUUCAGAUAAGCCUCUCCAUAGUACUGUUGCUGGCUUUAUACUAUGACCAUACUCAAAACACGUAAGGGCUUUUUGUAAUUAGAAUACUGUUUUUGUGGGUUUUGGAAACUUGUUACGGCUCUUGUUAAACCAUUCCAUUUUCUGGCAGUCAGCAGUAUGUAGUGUUUCUCCCACACAGAGAUUGUUUGGAGUUCUCCAGAUUCUGUCUUCUCUUACAGAAGUUCUAGGUCAUUUCAGACCAUGUACAGACAUUUCCAGGUAUGAUCUAAAUGUGAAACAGGGAAUGAGGCACAGAAUCCUCUAAUCCAUUUAAUCAUGUUGGGUCUCCUAGGUAAGAUUUCUCUUUCACUCUGAAUCAAGAGCCUUGGCCAGGUUUUAAGCUCAUUAAAUGUUAUUUGGGGACAGGAAUUCAAGAAAUUUGUUUAAAACCCAUUAUGUCAAAAGCCCGUCUCUCUCCUGUUUGGGUUUUUCAGAGUGGCGAAGCUGGUUGUGUUGCUUGUUUCCACUUCAAGGCUUCUAUUUUUGCAAGCCUGACAUUUAAUAUUAAAAGCUUUACCAAACAGCUGAAGCUCUUGAAAUUAAUUCCUCCCAGAGAAGUGUUCAGUCUUUCUUAGGGACAGAGAUGCAGGGUGGUAUUGGCAUUAUUAAAAUUCCACAUCAGCUUCUCUUUAAAGGCUGCGUAUUGCUUCAAGUAUAGCCACUGCUUUUUCCCCACAGUUCCCUCCUUUUGGUGAAGCAUGUCCACACACUUCUCAAAGCCUUUGCAGACUAGUUUUGUAUUUGCUGUAUGUUGUAUUUAAACAUUAAUCUUAUUUUGAUGUUGAGAGAAGGCAUUGAAACAGCAGUCAUUGAAGAUAGAGCAGCCUGCUUGCCUGUCCCGAGGGAGGGGCACAGGAUCUUUUCUAUUAACAAACAAACAGUUGAGCUAAUGCUCUACCUGAAAAUGGAACCUGAAAAGCCACAACACAGCAAAUAAUUGAGUAAACCCCUGUGUUUACUCUUGUUAUGGUGCCUGCAAUUUACUGAUAUCAAAACCUGGCAUUUUCAGGCAGAGCAUAGGUCAGCUGUGUUACAAAACUAAGCUCCAGAGCCCUACCCUUUGUACACCACAGUUUCUAAGCCUUGGCAGUCUCCUUUAGGAUUACUAUAUUUAAUCAUCUGUUUGGUACCGUGCAGUUUUAUACACAUUUCUUCAAAAGAGAAACAGCAACUGUUCUCUCAGUUGAAAAGCAAAUGACCACAUCACUUAUUUGAAAAGGGAAGAAUUGUCCUGGGACUUAAAUAGUUUGGUAGAUUUGGGGACCAUUUGAUGAUACACUCAAUUUUAAACUACACUCAUCUCUUUUUGUUGCUAUGAACACUGAAACCAUAUGCAUACUGUAGCUGAGCUUUCUAAACACUCAUUGGGCUAGGAAAAGUAACUUGGUCAUUUGAACUGUAAGACUCUUGACUGGUAUCUCGAAGACAGUUGUCUCUUAGGGUUUGAUGUUUGCUACGUUGCACUGUAGCAUCGCUUCAAUUUCACAGUUAGAGGCCUGCAUUUUGUUCAGGGAGCUUUCAAAUCUCCCAUUGAGUUUCUGACUGUAGCAUAUGUUCUCUGUACACAGUAUGUAUCUAUCUAGCCGAUUUUUUCCUUUUGGCUGAGACUGAAGGCAUUUGCAUUUUUGACACAGUUUAAACAUUUGGGUUGUUGGGUUUCUGCAUUAUUUUCUUUCUCUUGUGAUGGCAACAAAGGAUCUGAACAGAUUCAGGCAGCUACUAAGGAUUCCAGGUUACAGAAUGAAAAAGGGUUGGUAAAAGUUUUCCCCUACAUGUGCACGCACACAGGUAUGUGGCUUCCUUCCACAUUUCAUAAACCCAGAAGCAGGGUUAGAGCACUCUCUUCUCUCUUGCCUUUGACCUGUAGAAGACAGCUGGUGGUUUCAAACAGACAUUCCUGAGGCUGUGGUGAAAUAGUUGCUUCUUUUUCCUCUCAGUUGCUGUGGCUUGGUAUGAAUGUGCAUUCUGCCCAUUUGAACGGGUUUCCAAACUUGAGUCAGGAAUGUUACCUCUUUGAUUUGAUUCUGAUGAAAUUACAAGCCAGGUGUGCUAUUCUCAGGUAUACAGCAGAGGGAAGUUAACAGUCUUGUUAUACCAAAAGAGUCUAAAAAGCAUAGUUUAUUUAUAGAACUGUAGUUUAACUGCACGUAACUGGUUCACAGCCUUUCAGAACACAACAGCUGGAGUAUUAACACAGCAAGAGAUUCUGGCACCAUAUUGUUUUGCAUGGCCAGACCCUGGAUGACGGGACAGACAUGCUCUUAGGUGGAAGAAGGUUUGCUUUUCAUUUUAUGCACGCUGUUCAAAUGAAUACAUUAAGGAUAAAAUUUAUUGCAGUGCAAGUUCCCCCACUCCUGAGCCUUAGGCUGAGAAUCAAAGUGGCACGUAGUACUUCUGCUUGGGGGUUUUGUGUUAAUAGGAGUCAUUUCCAGGGAGGAAAUGGGACAACUUUCUGCACUAACCCACUGUAUUUGAUAAAUGCUCCCAGACACAGCCCUGCUGCAGGCUCCCCGGUCUAAAUUCCAGCUCUUUGUCUUUCAUUUCAGCCGCAGCUCAGUACAACCUAUUUUCAUUCUCCAUUUAAGAAAGUCUCAUCCACAGGGAAGAAAUCCACAACCAAAUCAGUGUUGGUAUUUCUGAGCAAUUAUACCUGCCUUUUUAUGUAUGACAGUUUCAUAUCAUUUAUUUUUAAAAUAUGGGUUUUUUUUAGGUUUUUCAUUGUAAUAUUAUUGUACAGUUUUGCAUGGCAUAGAUGUAAUCACUUUUUUUGUUUUAGAGUAUAAAAGCUGACAAGUGUGCGUGUGGGGGAAAGAUUCUGCUUUUUGCCUCUUCUCACUCUUUUGUUUAAUGCCCUCAAUGUUGUAGGGGACAUUGUAAGAGAUUCUCUGCUACAGAACAAUGAUGUAGAUUCUUUUGCACAGAAAUAUUUAAGGUGGGAAAGUCAACAAUGUAAAAAUGACUUACCGCCAAUAUUUUAUGUUGGUAACACACUUAAUAUUAACCUACUUUGAUGUACUGCAAUAAAACAGGGAACUGUUAGAAA